GGUAAUGUCCUUGACCAGAAACAUGGUCAGGUGGGUGAACAGGUCGUGAUUGAAUUGCAUGGUCAGGCCUUCGUGUAUGAAAUGCGAGGACCCAUAGAUGGAGAUGAGCCAAUCACGUCGACCCUUCUGGUUUCGGCCGCAGAAGCCGAGGAGGAAGCGGAAGGCACCCAGCCACAGCAGACAUCAGCGGCUGAUGUGGGUGCAGCGCAAACGCAGUGGACCACCGAGGGUCAGCAGUCGGAAGCGGCCGCUGAAAAUUCGGAGGUGCCCGCUGGGCAGCAGUUUACCCUCACCGAGGCAGUUGCCAUCGUAGAUGGCAAGACCAUGCAGACUGUCAUCCUGGAGGACGACAAAGGCAAUGUGUUGGAUCAAAAACAGGGUCACGCCGGCGAGCACGCGAUCAUUGAACUCAACGGCCAUUCUUUGGACUACGUCUUCCUCGGACCCUCAGAGACAGGCGAACCCAUUACGGUCAGUUUUCUUCCUAAUAUUGACUGA